ACACUUCGUGCUCCAGCCCCUCGGCUGCUCAGUGGCAGCAGCUCCACUGAUGACUGUGAGCGAAGCAGCAGCAGGAGCAGCAGCAGCAGAAGAAGAAGAAGAAGCAGGUGGUGGCACAUUGUCUCCCUGAGUGAACGGGACAGCAGCGCCCCCCCCCUCCCUCUCGACAUGCAGGCCAUCAAAUGCGUGGUGGUGGGCGACGGUGCGGUGGGUAAGACAUGUCUGCUCAUCAGCUACACCACAAAUGCCUUCCCUGGAGAGUACAUCCCCACUGUCUUUGACAACUACUCAGCAAAUGUGAUGGUGGAUGGUAAACCUGUCAAUCUGGGCCUCUGGGAUACGGCGGGGCAAGAGGACUAUGAUAGGCUCCGCCCCCUGUCCUACCCUCAGACGGAUGUGUUCCUGAUAUGCUUCUCUCUGGUGAGCCCGGCCUCCUUUGAGAACGUCCGAGCUAAGUGGUAUCCAGAGGUGCGUCACCACUGCCCGAACACGCCCAUUAUCCUGGUGGGCACCAAGCUGGACCUGCGGGACGACAAGGAUGCCAUAGAACGACUGAGAGACAAAAAGCUUUCCCCCAUUACCUACCCACAGGGUCUGGCCAUGGCCAGGGAGAUCGGUUCAGUCAAGUACCUGGAGUGCUCCGCUCUGACGCAGCGAGGGCUGAAGACAGUCUUCGACGAGGCCAUCCGAGCUGUGCUUUGCCCUCCGCCUGUCAAAAAGGGAGGCAGGAAGUGCACAGUGUUCUGAGGGGGAGGAAGUGGGAGAUAAUGUCACCAUCACCAGAAUGGACUGACCUUUGGUCAACUCACUCAAGCCAUACAGGAACUGAUUUGAAACACAACUUAUAUCUACAGUGUACAGGAGAAGUAUGUUACCUGGUACAAAGCAGGCUGAUGAGUUAGUGACAGCAGAUUUAGGCCUUUGUUUUGGGUUCAAAGAUAAAUUCUGUGUGACUUCUGCCUUAAAACAAUGACAUCAACAUAUGAUGGCCCAUCUAUUAGAUAGUAGGACAAAGAUGAAAGAAGGACUUCAGCCAAAAUAUCUUGCACUCUCUUGUUAACCUGUAAUUAAAACACAAAUGUUUUACAAAACAAGGACAGAGACCAAAUGAGUGUCCUCCUUUUGCACACCAUACAUGUUAGCUGCUUUACAUGAAGCAGAUUGUUCUGUAUUUAAUGUAUGUUUGUGUUUUUUGUACUUGGAUGGUUUCAAUUAAUGACAAUGUUUGUGACUGGGGCUAAGUAAACGCUGUGGAGUAGGUAGAACCCAGAUUUGUGUUGUGAAACAAUCUUCUAACAGCCCAACGUUUGUAUGAUUUACUUUUAUAUUUGAGACACAAGUUUACAUGUCAAUUGUUGAUGUGUUUUUUGCCUUUUAGAUGUUUAUUCAUGUACAUAUACAUAAACACACAAAAAGUGAUGAACCUGAUUUUGUUUUAUGCAUUUACCUCAUUUUCACACAACGUAUGAUAAACAACCUCAGUAUAUGUUUUUUGCUGAUUUGUACAUUUAUUUCAAUUCUUUUUGCUGGGGAAGAAAACUCACGUUUUUUUGAAUACACUGAUUGUUGAGGCUGCACCCCGAGGAGAAAACAAUCUGCUCACUGAUCACCAGUUAAUAUGAGUAAGAGGCACAUAACUGUAAGUAUGCAAGAGCCAUUCACAUGUGCACUGCAAAACAAUUAUGUGCUUUCAAAUAUUAUUGUGUUAAGCAUGCAGGUAUACUGAGGAUUACAUUUCUGAUUCUUCAUAUAUAUAUAUGUGGUGGCCCGGCCACCCUGACCAGCUGCCCCACCUCCAUCAGCGGGCACUCCCGCCGAAAGUGGCCCGACUGGCCGCACCGCCAGCACUCCUGCCCCGGCGUUUGAGGAGCCCCCCAUGGUGCCGGUCGACCUGACGCGUAGGCUGAGCCCCGAGGAACAGCCUCUGCUCUUUUCAUUCAUCAGUCCCGCCGGGUAGUGCUGGGGGGACUCGCUUUCUUGGGGCGGGUAUGGGGCGCCCCGCCGGGAUGGACUGCUGCCGGGCUUCCUCCUUCUGGCUCCUCCGGGGAAGUGAGAGGUGGUC